AUGUCUCUCCUCUAUGGCUGCCUGUAUAUCAUUCGGUUCGGCACCAUGAAACGUAUGCACAAGGCCGCUGCGUGGGCGGAUGAAGCCCAAAAAAGACGUGACUCUAUCCUUUGGAAUGUAUGGGUUCUCCUGGCAAUGCCUACGGUAUGGCUCAUUUGGUCCAUCACCCUGUUCAUUUCCAGCAUCAUGUCAUAUGUCUGGAGAACGAGCCACGUCGCGGGCGACUACGAUUCGACCGAUGCUGAUCAUUCCGGUCGAGCUGCGCGCAUCGUGAUUUCCUGCAUGCUUGGUCUGGGUAUCAUCAUCUACCUUUGCGUUGUCAUCAAGACAUUCGCACGCUAUGGCGAUCGGAUGGACAGGGCCUACAAGCAACGGGUGCAGGCCAUGGUGCAACAGAUACUUCCCAACGGAACGACAUACAGCGAUUACGGGGUGAUAACCACCAACAAACAAGUUACCGAAAAAUCACCGCAGACCAGCACGGCCGCUUCUCGGGACCGCUCGCCAACACCGGAGAUACUGACCCGCCCGCGGGAGGAGGAAAGGCAAGAGGAAAGGGCGCACUCCAUGUCGCCGUCUCCACGACACGAGGGACAUCGAUUCUCGCGAUCCGAUACACCUCUCAGUGGGAGUCGACUAUCUCGAUUCCUGCGUGACGAUGCAGAGGUAUACUCAUCGGAUGAAGACGGUGAAGGCCGUUGGUCUGAUUCUGCAUCGAUGGAGCCCGAAUUCCUUUCGGGACCGACACUUAUCACGGACGAGUUCUCGAACUCGUCUGCCUAUCGUACUCCUAUUUUCUUAGGAACUGACGCGAAUGCGCCUGUAACUACAACUGGACAUGGCGAUACUCCAGGACCAUUCGUCAAUAUGUUUCUGCCGUAUACUUCGCCUUCGUCGUCUGCAGAGUCACCUUCGCCUCUGCAUGACGUUGCGCAGCUCCAUUGGCCCUUGAGUCGAACUGAAGGACGCUUGGGCGAUCCUUUGGGAUCGAGGGACUACGGAGGACACCUCGAAGAACCCUCCCAUAUGCUGAUGGGCCAUGAGCAGCUGCGGACAUGGCACGCAGCACGGGCAGGCAGUGAUAGCCUGCUUGCAUCCACACCGCCGCCAACGUGGAUACCACCCUCGAUGCUUGAGCUCGAUGGUGUUACCACCGGGCCGUCGGAGACCAUUGCACGCUUCCGUCGCUCGACCGCCAGCCCGCCGCAAACCGCCGAUCAUGGGAUUGCGGAAGGACUCGCCAGCUUUUCCGAUGUCAUCGACGAAUCGCCUGCCGCCGACGAGGCGUCGUCUGCGGCAAACGCGGGUCGAGACGGGUCCCUCGACAAUCCUGUACAUGGAUGGUCAUUUGACAGCCCUCGACGGCACCCCUCAUUCAACCGUUUUCGUCCGCUGCGCGUAUCGAUGUCCUUGGACGCUAUUUGGCGACCAGAGGAAGCGGACAUCACACCGAUGAAUGCGGGAGGUCAACAAACGUCGGAGCGCUUGCCGACGUUGGAGGAAGUGGAGGAGACUUUGCUGUCGCGUCGUCCAGCUUCGGACCCCCGGGUCGGUUUCCGACGUUCCAGGUCGAUGGAGUGGUAG